CGCUGAGCAUUCAUGACAACUUUAUGAAUUCUUGGGCUUUCUUCAUUCCACCUGGACACUUCAUCCGUCUGUUUCAGUUAGUAGAAGGUUCAGAUAUGUCAGCAUCGGUACUACUUACCCCCAUCCCGCCUGGACAUGGAUUCCAUGUUCAAAUAAUUAACGACAGGAUAAUACCGGUCAAGGGCCGACGUGGUGGUUGAUUAUGGCGCUCGGCAC